AUGUCUAUAGCUGUGGAGACCUUCGGCUUCUUCAUGUCAGCCCUGGGACUACUGAUGCUAGGAGUGACCUUACCAAACAGCUACUGGAGAGUGUCUACCGUCCAUGGGAAUGUCAUCACCACCAACACCAUCUUUGAGAACCUGUGGUACAGCUGUGCCACCGACUCCAUGGGAGUCUCCAACUGCUGGGAGUUCCCUUCCAUGUUGGCCCUCUCUGGGUAUGUCCAGGGCUGCCGUGCCCUCAUGAUCACCGCCAUCCUCCUGGGCUUCCUGGGCCUCUUUCUAGGCAUGGUGGGGUUGCGCUGCACCAACGUGGGGAACAUCGAUCUCUCCAGAAAGGCCAAGAUACUGGCCAUUGCAGGGACCCUCCACAUACUUGCUGGGGCCUGCGGAAUGGUGGCUAUCUCCUGGUACGCCAUCAACAUCACCACUGACUUCUUCAACCCCUUGUAUGUUGGAACCAAGUAUGAGCUGGGUCCCGCCCUCUACUUGGGCUGGAGUGCCUCUCUGCUCUCCAUUCUGGGUGGCAUCUGUCUCUUUUCCACCUGCUGCUGCACCUCUAAGGAAGAGCCAGCCACCAGGACUGGCCUUCCCUACAAGGCUUCUACAGUUGUGGUACCCAAAGCCACCUCAGAUGAAACUGACAUCAGCUUUGGUAAAUAUGGCAAAAACGCCUACGUGUAGGAGGUCUGGCCUGGUGGACACCAUUUCUUGUCCCCAGCAGAAGAGUGUCCCCAGGACCCUCAGACCACUCUCCAGUUAAUAACCUCAGGACAGACCAUUUCCAGGCUCCACCCUGUGCCUGGAAGCCACGACCUGCUCUGGGCACACCUUAUCCCGCACUCCAGCAUCUCCCUGGAACAGAAGCUGCGGAGGCAACUUGCAUGGCCUCCUACAGCUGGACCCAAGGGGACAGAGGUGUCUGCAGUUUGUGACACCAUAUAAAUAUGUGUAUGAAUAAAUGUAUAUUGUGAUUGUUCAGGGCUUGGGGGUCAUGAAGUUGCAGCCCAUAAGGGGCUACAUUUUCCAACCAUGGACUGUCAAGACUGUCCACCUGAGCUGUCUCAUCCAGUGAAACAGUGUGCCAGGGGGCUGGAGAGAUGGUCCGGUGAGUUAGAGCAUCUGCCACACAAGUAUGAGAACCUGAGUUCAAAUCCCCAGAAUCCAUGUAAAAAGCCAGGCAUGGUCACAUUCCUGUAACCCGAGCGCAGUUGGGGAGGCUCUCUGAGGCUUACUGGCUUCCAACCCAGCUCAAGGUUCAAUGUGAGACCCUGGCUCAAAGGAAUAAAGUGAAGCAUGAUAGAGCAGGGUGCUAGAAGCCCUCCUCCGACCUUUGCAGGCACACAGGCUCAUGCACAAA